AUGCCUAGAACCACCGCAAUCCUAUACCCGCUAAUUCCCCAUCUGCCUCGGCCAUACGUCUUCCCCCUCCAAGCGAUAUCGCAGCCGUUUUCCUUUCCAACACCGAAUAGCGUUCGCGCCAGGUUCAAGGGAGGAGACAGUGCAGCAGCAGGCAGUACAAGUUCCGGUGUCAAGGGCCAUCCGUUUCAGGACUGGAAGGGCACCUCUACACAGGACCACGCGGUCAAUAGGGUUAGACGAAACGACAUCACCGAUCCGGAGACUGCGGCCGCGCAGAAAGGCGAGGAAGAGCGUUCUGAAAAUGAGGGAAUUGCGGAUGCAACUAAGAGCGGAGCAACGACUGAGAGAGACUUGCGUCAGAGCACCAAAAGGGCGAAAAACGAGCACCCGCACGCUCCGGAACCAAUUAUUGGUAUGAAUGAUGAGAAGGGCGGGAAGGGUGUUUAA